AUGGCCACCUGGGCGCUGUUGCAUGGGGACGGCUUCGCAGGGCACAGCGCUGUUCUUCGCCUGGGCGAUGCCCUGGGGCCAGACCUGCGCCCGCUGGACAUCCUCUCGGAGGUGGUCCCCGCUGGCCGGCUGGCCCGUGGCAUGAGGGUGUUUCAAGUGCAGGGGGUACGGGGCUUCCAGCUCGCCGCCUCGCGGCCCCGCACCCUGGGCUUCCCUGCCUCCCGGCUCUUCAUCCACUGCCACCGCUUCCCUGAGGAGUUCUCCAUCAUCGUCACGCUGAGGGUCCUCAGCGUCCCCGCCAAGAGGAACGAGUACCUCUUCACACUGAUGGCGGAGGAGAGCCCCGGCGUGCUGGUGGGGCUGCGUUACGCCCCCGACAAGCUCCACUUCCCAAAGAUGGGUAGGUUGGGGGUGGUGGGAGGCUUGGGAGGGCUGUGGGGGGGCAUUGGUUCCCUGGCAGGGCCAACGCUCCUCCACCAGCAUCUCCUCCCGCCACCAACAGACGCCAUGAAAUUGUCCCCUGCCUCUUCUCUGCCCGUCCACAGGGUGGUGGAGACGCCAUUUCCAGCCUCUCUGUCAGUGGAGAGAGCCAGCUUCUACCUGGGCAACCGGAGGAGAAGGAAAGGCGUGUUCACGGGCUUGCUGCGCCAGCUUGUCCUGCUGCCAGGAGCCGAUGCCACCCCACGGAUAUGCACCGCCGUCAACUUUAAAGUAGCAACACUCUCCAUCCCCACCGUCCUCCAGGAUCUCCCCGUGAAGCCAGCGAGCAACGAGGUGCUAAAAUACCCCUACGAGACCGACACGAAGGUGACCCUGGGGUCCCGUCCACCCUGCACCAAGCACGAGAAAGCACAGUUUUGGUUCAACGCCUCCCGCCGAGGGCUCUACCUCUGCAAUGGCAGCGCCUGGAUUUCCAUGCUGGAAGUCAAGCAAAGGCUGGACUAUGUGGAGGAGCACCAGAACCUGGCGACCAACUCUGAGACGAUGGGCGUUGAGGUCUUCAACAUCCCAAAGGUGGGACUGUUUGCAGCCACUGCCAACCGGCACAGCCCCCCGGGAUCCGCCAUCUAUAAGUGGACAGACGGGAAGUUUGUGCCCUACCAGAACAUCCCCACCUACCAAGCUCAGUCCUGGAAGUAUUUCACCAUAGGGAAGAAGAUCUUCCUAGCAGUUGCUAAUUUUGAGCGGGACGAUGGGGGCCAGGAGUUCUCUGUAAUAUACAAGUGGAGCCGCAAGAAGGAGAAAUUCAUCACCUACCAGAGGAUCCCCACACACAGCGCGAGGGACUGGGAAGCUUUUGUCAUUGAGGGAGAGGCUUUCCUUGCAGUGGUCAACCACAGAGAAGGGAAUAACCACAACAUAGACAGCGUGAUAUACAGGUGGAACCCCCGGACGGGGUUGUUUGAAACCAACCAGACCAUCCCUACCUCUGGAGCCUAUGACUGGGAGUUUUUCACCAUUGGGCCAUAUUCUUUCCUGGCUGUGGCCAACACGUUCAAUGGCACAUCCACCAAGAUCUACUCGCACAUCUACAUCUGGCUCAGUGGCUCCUUCCAGCUCUUCCAGUCUAUCCUGACUUUCGGCGCUGCUGACUGGGAGGUCUUUCGUAUUGGGGACAGAGUCUUCUUGGCUGUUCCAUACAGCCACAGCUAUGACAGCAGGAUGCCAGCACCCUCUAACUUCUAUGCCAUCAACUCCUCCAUCUAUGAGCUGAACAUCACUGCCCAGAUGUUUGUCAAAUUCCAGGACCUCCUCACCUACAGUGCCCUGGACUGGGAGUUCUUCUCGGUGGGAGACGAUGCUUUUCUGGUGGUAGCAAACUCCUUCGAUGGCAUCACCUUCUCCGUUAACAGCAUUAUCUACAGGUGGCAAGGCUAUGAAGGCUUCGUGGCAGCUCAUCACCUCCCCACUGUUGGCUGCAGAGACUGGGAGGCGUUUCACACCGCCGAGGGCUCCUACCUCCUCUACUCCAGUGCCAAGGAGCCACUUUCCAAGGUCCUCAAGCUGAAAACCACCGGAGGUGGCUGAGACACGCGCAGCUGAUCACCGGGGCUGGGGCGAGCUGGGCGUCGCGGUGGAGAGGGACCAG